AUGUCGCUCAAGCGGCGACUUGGACAGAAUCCAGAGCUGUACAACGAAUACAAAGCCUUCAUGCAAGAAUAUGAGGAUAUGGGGCACAUGGUACCCAUCGCCGCAGAGGACCUUGACAAGGUUAAAUACUUCAUUCCGCAUUCAUGCGUAGUGAAAUCAGAUUCCACUUCUACUAAGGUGAGAGUAGUGUUCGACGCUAGUGCCAAGACGACUAGCGGGAUAUCCCUCAACGAUAUUCAAAUCGUGGAACCCACCAUUCAAAGAGAAUUGUUUGAUCAACUGAUCGAAAUCAAAACACACGACAAGGUACUGAUGGCCGAUAUAGCUAAGAUGUAUCGGCAAAUACUGAUUGCAGAUCAAGACACUUGGUUGCAAUGCAUUCUGUGGCGAGACAGCCCAGAAAAGCCACUGAAAGCAUACAGAUUGAUGACUGUCACGUAUGGUGAAGCAUCUUCUUCAUUUUUGGCCUGUAGGGUAUUGCGCGAAGCAGCCGAAAAAUAUCGAGAGAUAAAUCCAAAUAUCGCUAAUAUUAUUCAACAAUCAUUUUACGUUGGCAACCUUAUGAUCGGAGCAUCAACCACUACGGAGUUGAUGAGCAUGAAACAACACAUUGAACAGGCAUUACUGCGCCACGGAUUUCCGCUACGAAAGUGGGCAGCAAACGACAUGAGCGCUCUGGCAGAAAUACCAGAACAAGACUUGUUAUCCAAACAUUAG